GACGUCAUCAGUGUGCUGCUCGCCGGGCUGAGAGCGUGGAAACAUGGCGGCCUUGGUGCGUGUGUGGGCUGGAAGCAGAAGGCUGUGGCCGUGGCUAGCUGCUCAGCGGAGAACGUACGCGGGCGUCCUUAGCUCUUCCACGGACAUUACAUCAAGCAGGACUCCCGUCAGCCGCUGCCCUCCGCGCGCUCUCUUCUACCGGGCCCUACACGGCUACGGGGCGUCUUCUGGAGACGGUGGUGAGGAUGAAGGGGGUAACCGGGGAGAAGACGGUGCUGGGGCAGAAGAGGCGGCCUAUGGAGCCCCCAUCGUGACGGCUCUUGCGCCCCUUAUAGUUCCUGAAGUCUUCCCUAAUGUCCCUGUGAUCCCGGUGUCUAGAAACCCCGUGUUCCCCAGGUUUGUCAAGAUCCUAGAGGUCAAGAACCCACACUUGGUGGCACUUCUGAGACGUAAAGUAAGACUUGCUCAACCCUAUGCUGGAGUUUUUCUCAAGAGAGAUGACAAUAAUGAAUCUGAUUCUGUUGGAAGCCUGGAUGAAAUUUACCACACAGGAACCUUUGUUCAAAUCCAUGAAAUGCAGGACAUGGACGACAAGCUGCGCAUGAUUGUCAUGGGACACAGAAGGAUCCAUAUCAAUAAACAACUUCAUGUUGAAGCUGAUGAGUUCAAAACUGAAGAGGAAGUAGAAGGGAAAAAAAGAAACUCAAUCAGCAGGCAUGUUAAUGAGAAGGAAAAGAGCGAGCAAGUUGUUCUUGAUCCAAAAAUGGUACCUGACGUUCUUAUGGUUGAAGUGGACAAUGUAGCUCAUGAGGAGUUCAAGAUCACUGAGGAAGUCAAAGCUCUCACUGCUGAAAUUGUGAAGACCAUCCGGGACAUUAUUGCUCUGAAUCCUCUGUACCGAGAGUCUGUAAUGCAGAUGAUGCAGGCUGGACAAAGAGUGGUAGACAAUCCAAUUUAUUUGAGUGAUAUGGGUGCUGCUCUGACAGGUGCGGAUUCCCAAGAACUCCAGGAUGUCUUAGAAGAAACUAAUAUUCCAAAGCGUCUCUACAAAUCACUGUCUCUAUUAAAGAAAGAAUAUGAACUCAGCAAGUUACAACAGCGUUUGGGGCGAGAGGUAGAGGAAAAGAUCAAACAAACUCAUAGAAAGUACUUGCUGCAAGAGCAGCUAAAGAUCAUAAAGAAAGAGCUUGGCCUGGAGAAAGAAGAUAAGGAUGCCAUUGAAGAAAAGUUUCGGGAGCGUUUAAAUGACCUUAGAGUCCCUAAGCAUGUAAUGGAAGUCAUUGAUGAAGAGCUUGGCAAACUGGGAUUACUUGACAACCAUUCCUCUGAAUUCAAUGUAACAAGAAAUUACUUGGAUUGGCUAACAUCUAUUCCCUGGGGGAAGUACAGCCAGGAGAACUUGGAUCUGCAGAGAGCUGAAGAAGUUUUGGAAGAAGAUCAUUAUGGGAUGGAAGAUGUCAAGAAGAGAAUUCUUGAAUUUAUUGCUGUGAGCCAGCUUCGGGGAAGCACACAGGGGAAGAUCCUUUGCUUUUAUGGGCCACCAGGAGUAGGAAAAACAAGUAUUGCUCGCUCUAUUGCUCGUGCAUUGAACAGGGAGUACUUCCGGUUCAGUGUAGGUGGGAUGACUGAUGUGGCUGAAAUUAAGGGCCACAGGAGAACUUAUGUUGGAGCCAUGCCGGGAAAAAUUAUCCAGUGUCUAAAGAAAACCAAAACUGAGAAUUCUCUCAUUUUAAUUGAUGAGGUCGAUAAACUAGGUCGUGGAUAUCAAGGUGAUCCAUCUUCUGCUCUCUUGGAACUCCUGGAUCCAGAACAGAACUCAAACUUCCUUGACCACUAUUUGGAUGUACCUGUAGACUUAUCUAAGGUUCUCUUCAUCUGCACAGCCAAUGUCACAGAAACCAUUCCAGAACCUCUCAGGGAUCGGAUGGAGAUGAUCAAUGUCUCUGGUUAUGUAGCCCAAGAAAAAUUAGCUAUAGCAGAGAAAUAUCUAGUACCACAGGCGCUGACCAUGUGUGGUUUGGAUGAAGGAAAGACUCGUAUCACAUCUGAAGCACUCACUGUUCUAAUUAAACAAUAUUGUAGAGAGAGCGGUGUACGAAACUUGCAGAAACAAGUGGAAAAGGUUCUACGUAAAUCUGCAUACAAGAUUGUAAAUGGUGAAGCCCAGUAUGUGGAAGUGAAUUCAUCCAACCUCCAAGACUUUGUAGGAAAGCCUAUCUUCACUGUGGACAGAAUGUAUAAUGUCACUCCACCUGGAGUGGUCAUGGGUCUAGCUUGGACUGCUAUGGGUGGUUCCACCCUUUUUAUUGAGACAUCCCUCCGUCGUCCUUUAGACAAAGAAAAUAAAGAUGGUUCCUUAGAAGUAACAGGCCAGCUUGGAGAUGUUAUGAAGGAGAGCGCUAAAAUUGCUUACACAUUUGCACGUGCCUUCCUUAUGAAGAUACACCCUGAUAAUGGAUUCCUAGUGACAUCUCACAUUCAUUUGCAUGUGCCAGAGGGCGCUACACCGAAGGAUGGGCCUAGUGCAGGCUGCACAAUUGUUACUGCACUGCUGUCACUUGCUUUGGGACAUCCAGCUCGUCAAAAUGUGGCAAUGACUGGAGAGGUGUCACUGACGGGGAAAAUCCUGCCUGUAGGUGGUAUCAAAGAAAAAACAAUAGCUGAUGCCUCGGGAAGACCUCUAUGUUCUAUUAAAGAGACAGAGUCUCUAUUAAGAACCAUAAAAGCCACAAUCAACUUAAAGAAACUAGAGAGCCAUUAUCUGUUCAGGACCAGAUGUUCGCAGGUCUUGCGGACAGGAAAAAGAGUAUUCCCGGUCCGUAAUAAUAUAAAGACCCUGAUCCAGAAUGAAUGGAAAGAGCCUGAAAAAAGACAAGCUGCUUCCAAAAUGUUCAAAAGGAAAUAACCAUUUGCGGAAGAAGGCUCGACUACCUAAGAACAAAACUCCUAAAGUCGACGCCCCUUUGGCUAGGAUCUCCAAAAAGUCAGCAUUACCCUUUGAAGAUCUAGAGUUGCUUAAAGAUCCCAUGGAUAAGAAGUCCGAGUCUCUUCUUAAUAAGAAAACUUGGGAGUCCUCCACUGCCAUAUUUAGACCUGAGAUCUCGGCGACCUAUACAGCCAGGACCUUGUCCUUGUGGUUGGGACAGUUAGAAAAACACAUGGAGUCCGGUACUCCCAGGCAAGAUAUUCUGGCUUCCAUACCAAUGUUAGAGCAAGCCUCCAAUUUCCUGGCAGAUGCCUCAGCUGAUAUGGUAAAGUUAUCAGCAAAAACAGCCACCCUAUCCAAUGCAUCUCGCCUCUGUAAUGGAGAUCUUUUAAUAAUGUUUAUUAAAAUACACCAAUAAGUGCAAAUAAGAAUUCAUUUGGGCUGGUUAAGGUCCUGCGAUAGGUCAUUUGCGAUCUGGUUAAGGUCCUGGUCUGGUAAUACAGCAUCUAAAAAUAAAUUAUGUUCUUUCCCAAGGGCGAGGGCGAUUGGGUAUUUGGCACUGCACUGGACUAUAUACUUAAAAAAGCGUCAGACAGAAAAAAAGGUUUCCCGAUGGAAUCUAAGUUCUAUCGUCAAAGGCGCUCCUUUCGUCCCCAGAGACGUAAUAGACCUGACCAAAAGAAAAAAGAAUCAGGCUCUUUAUGUCAAGCCUCUAAAGGAAAAGGAAAGGGGUUCUGUUUAACCCCGACAAGUCUGCUCGCCCCUUUUUCCCAAUGACGGCAGGGGAGUGGUUGGGGGAAGACUAAAACUCUUUCACUCAGCCUGGGAAAAUAUUCAGGCCUCUCCCUGGGUACUCGCUAUCAUAAAAGAAGGGUAUCGUUUGGAGUUCUCACAUCUUCCUCCAGACAGAUACAUGGAAAACUCCAGACUAGAAGAAGAUCAAGAGGCAAUGGACCAACAGAUUUCUCUCCUCUUAAAGGGGACCUUUCACCAGAAUAAAACUUCUAAAGUAACU